GUAUCUUUAAAAGAUCAGUGGUCAGUUGUAAUAUACAGCUAAUAGAGAACAGAAGUGCCAAUCAUCGACAAGAGUGAUAACACCUACAAACUUCACCACAAAGGGAAAAUAAAGAUACACAAAAAUGGAUAUUCACACUCAUAAAGAGCAUGAAGAAAUUAAAGGCUCCGGAUGUGAACCUCAAGAGGAAAGUUCUACCCAACUACGCUCUAAUAAUAGAAGAAACUUUGAGCGACUUAGCUCCCUUAUAGUUUUCUCAACAAAUACCGAAAGUUCCGAUUCUUCUCCAGCUGGCAAUACAAAUCAACUGAAAAGUCCCAAACCAUUGCGAAAUGAUGAUAGAAAGAAAAUACAGCGAAAAACUUCUUCUUGUGGCAGUACCAUAACAAAAGAAGUGAAGAGUGCUGCGGAAGACAAGCAAAAUCAUCAACGUAAAAGUAUAUCUGGUGCCAGUACCCCCACAAAAGAAGUUAAAACUCCUGUGGAAAGCAAACAAAAUCUUCAACCAAUUUUAAGGCAACAGAGGCGCACCACUUUACGUCCCAAUUCUCUUUUUAUAAGUCCACCAAGUUUUAUAAACAAUGGACCCUCUUUACUACAAAAAAGUCCACUGCACACAAGAAUGGAGAGUAAAAAGAUAAUCAAACGUCCCACCUCUCUAUUGACAUGUCCACCCAGUUUCAUAGAUAAUGGGCCUAGUUGUGGUUUAAGCGAGAAGAAAAGUCCUGUUGUGCUACGAAAAGAUCAAAAAAAGAAUCUGGUGCGCCCUAAAUCUCUUUUCAUAUGUCCCCCAAGUUUUAUAGGUAAUGGACCCUCUACAACACCAAAAACUCCCCAAUAUCAGAAAAAGAGCAUUGCACGUACCAGCUCCCUAUCGACAUGUCCACCCAGCUUCAUAGGCAAUGGCCCUAGCUAUGGUUUAUUAUCACCCCAAAGUCCAAAUUUACUACGAGGCGAGCAGAGAAAGAAAAUUGUGCGUCCCACAUCUCUUUAUACAUGUCCACCCAGUUUUAUCGAUAAUGGACCCUCCACAACACCAAAUCCUCUCAAAGAGGAUAUUGAAAGCGAAGGCUGUUUACUACGAAAUCCUACGCCUACAAUAAGGGAAGAUGAUGCUAUAACUCAGGAAGGCAAUGUCAAUCCGACGAAUACUUCAAAUCAGCAACAAAAUGGUCGUAGAAAGAAUUUUGAGCGCACCUGCUCUCUCUUUAUAAUCCCCCCAAGCCAUGAAGAUAAGACCCCCACUUUUCACUGUGAACUGAAAAGUCCCAAGAAACUACAGCAACCCAAUUAUGGAGACAACAUCAAACCCAAGAGAUCUAUUCUGAAGAGUGUAUCUUAAAGGAUAAAAAUGUCUGAUCUAUAAUAAACCACCAAAUCUUACAGUGAAGCACAAAAGUCUACUUACACCCUAUGAUUUGGGGAUUGUCUAAAAAAAACUGAAAAAAUUCGUUUUUGUCAAU